AUGACAUCGACAACCUCUGAUGCCAGGCAGCAGAAGCCGCAGCAAAGCCUCACCUUCGCCGCUUCUCCAGCAGUCGCUCCAUCGCUGUGCGACGAAGAGGCAUCCUCAGCUGCCGGAGAAUCCAGGGACACCCCUAUUUGGAUUUCUGACGACGAAAGCGUCACAGAAGAUGAGGACGACGAUGAGGGUCGACAUUUCGACAACUCACAAUCACGCGCAACACCUACAACGACGAUCAGCACUGUGGACUAUCUGGAUAUCACAGGUUAUAGUCCCGACCCUCCUCCUGAUCCUGUACCGAAUCAGCGAUCUCCUUGCCAGACGAAUUUCACGUCCGCUGGAGACACGGCGGCUUGUAUAGAUGCCAGCUUCGACAUCUCGCCUACGAGCCCCGACAGUCAGCCACGUCUGGGCGUGUCAGACGAACAACAGCUUGCCACCGGAGCCAGCAGCGAGCCGGGCAUCAUGACAGCCGAUGCUAUCUCUGACCAGGGGCCUUGUCAGGAGGCCCAGAGUCCUCCGGAUCCCCCCUCAGUAUGCACACACUAUCCACAUACUGCCAGUCCCGUGGAGGAAGCCCAGCCGCCACUCCAGGAGAACGAAGCGUUUGUGGGCAAUUCAUGCGAUGAUGGCAUUCCUGAAGCCGGUACCCUAACUCCCGUAAGAUACUCACCCGAACCGUAUCGAGAACAAGACCCGGAUGACGCAAGCUGCGCGUCCAGGGAUGCCGAGUCCGAGGCCAGGGAGGCUAGAUCCGGACCGCCAUUCGGAGCCCGAGUGUCUCCCCCGUCUCAGGAGUUGCCGUCCCAGCGCCGUUCUCGUCGCAGAUCCUCACAUGCAUAUGAAACAGUGCAAGACAAGGAUAGCAAUGUAGACACUGAAGGCUCUGGCAGUGAGGAUGGCCUCGGCGUUCUAGAAUGCGUGCGUGACGAGGACUAUUGUCCUUCGCCUGCGGAAGUUCGGGGACAUGGCUCUGGAGACGAUUCCGAUGAUGAAGAACAGCAUGGUCGCAAGCGUCGCAGGGUAUCUCAAUCUCCCCACAACUCGGUUCGCAGUACCCCUGCUAGUGCUCGGAGCCCUCGCCAAAGACGAUCGACAAGACGUACCGCUGAGUUGCCGAGAGGUCGCCGAAUGUCUAUAUGUGACAUUAAGAGUCAAACACUAUCACAGGCAAGACCAGUCCCCUCCGAGGCCAGCACGUUUCUUGCUCGAUUCAAGGAAUGGCCUUUUAGUAAUGUUUUAUUAAAAUGCAUUACCGAGGGCAACAAGGCGACAUUUUAA